CGUGGUAUUCCGCGAGCGGUAGCUUUUGGUCUCACAAACCCUUAGCACGGAUCCCGGUUGCAAAAAAAUAGUUAAUGUGCAUUUUAUUUACGGAAUCGCGAGCACGAGAGCCGAGCCAACAGCGAAAGGAUUGUCGAGAAAGACCGCCAUUGCGCUAACCCGGUGAACGACGAACGACGCUGUCCCUCCGCCCCGUCAACACCAGCAGUCCGAUUCACCGAUUCCCCGUCGCCUCGGCUGCCGCCAUCCUCCGGGUGAAGAUGUCCGACUACAGCGACCUGGACCGCCAGAUCGAGCAGCUGAAGCGCUGCGAGAUCAUAAAGGAAAAUGAGGUUAAGGCACUGUGCGCCAAGGCGCGCGAGAUCCUGGUGGAGGAGGGCAACGUGCAGCGGGUGGAUUCGCCGGUGACUGUGUGCGGCGACAUCCACGGUCAGUUCUACGACCUGAAGGAGCUCUUCAAGGUGGGCGGCGACGUGCCCGAGAAGAACUACCUGUUCAUGGGCGACUUUGUGGACCGUGGCUACUACAGCGUGGAGACAUUCCUGCUGCUGCUGGCGCUGAAGGUGCGCUAUCCGGACCGCAUCACGCUGAUUCGCGGCAAUCACGAGUCGCGCCAGAUCACGCAGGUGUACGGCUUUUACGACGAGUGCCUUCGCAAGUACGGCUCGACGGCUGUGUGGCGCUACUGCACGGAGAUCUUCGACUACCUCAGCUUGUCGGCGAUUAUUGACGGCAAGAUAUUCUGCGUGCACGGUGGCCUGUCGCCGUCCAUCCAGUACCUGGACCAGAUUCGAAGCAUCGACCGCAAGCAGGAGGUGCCGCAUGACGGGCCGAUGUGCGACCUGCUCUGGAGCGACCCGGAGGACCAGACCGGCUGGGGCGUCUCGCCGCGCGGCGCUGGCUACCUCUUUGGGUCGGACGUAGUCUCCCAGUUUAAUCGCACCAACGAGAUCGACAUGAUUUGUCGUGCGCACCAGCUGGUGAUGGAGGGCUUCAAAUGGCACUUCAACGAAACCGUCCUGACCGUCUGGUCGGCGCCCAAUUACUGCUAUCGCUGCGGCAAUGUGGCUGCCAUCUUGGAGCUGAACGAGUACCUGCACCGCGACUUCGUCAUCUUCGAGGCGGCUCCGCAGGAGAGUCGCGGCAUACCCUCGAAGAAGCCCCAGGCGGACUACUUCCUUUAAGACAAGCACAGUCCGGCGACAUCCCGCUUCUUCUCCCCUGACAAGCCGCUCGAAGGGACGCGGGGUCGGUGGUGGGUGCCCACGGGUGGCUGACACAAAUCAUUUAGGGAAAAUAAAACUGCCAGCCUGCCUAAGCAAAGCAAACGCGAACCGCAACUGCAAGUGCAAGAAAAACAAUUGUAACAUAAACGUAAGCUAAGUUAUCAAACUGGCGGCGUGUAACAGACUGCAUGUGCACCCCAAGCAGCCGCACACAGUUCCACAUUCAUUUUCAGUUCUGACGUUCUCCAGUUAUACCUGGAUGUCUUUUUUUUACCAUCUGUUUAAUUUUUUUUUGCUUUUAUUUGGCGAUUUGUGCUGUUAUGUGUUCGUGGAAGUCAUCUAGUGUGUGUAGAGAUCAAUAUUAUAGAUCGCGUAUGAAACCGGCGCAUUGAAUCUAGCUACUAACUAAUAGGAUUAAUAAACGAUGUCCGCGGUUCCUGCGAAUUCGCCUGGCGCAGACGGUCAGCAAUCAUACCCGCAUCUGUCGUCUCCUCGAUGCGAAUUCCCUGAUAUCGGGCAAUUUACUAUACAUUUAGAUGUAGGUUAAAGCAUUAAGCUAUUUGACCGAUAGAUUGCAUGAAGUCGGCAGUGUUAGGAUUGAAUUAGAGGGAAAUCCGGAGCAAAGUUUGAAGUUGUCAUUAUAUUUAUUGAUUAGAAAACGACUUUGCAUGCCUGAAACGGAAUAUCUCAGCCUGAAAAUAGCUGGAGAAAACCAGAUAAUGUAGUAAUUCGUAGCAUGUAAGAAACAAAUUUUAAGUACGCCCCAGAUUGGGAUAUUAUAUACAAAUAACUAUAUAUACUUAUAUUUAAAAUAAAGAAUGUAAGCUGAAACACGAAGUUAACUUA